UCGAUGGUCAAAAUGGUUGUCAGAAAAAGAAGUGUUGAUAUGUGUUGAUGAAUUUAUUAUGCCACAUGACAUUUUGAACUCAUUUUUGAUCGAAUCUAAUCACAAUGUCUGCAGCAUACAGGAAAGAUCACUUGACAAUUAAUCUAGGCACGGAUUUUCACUCUUAUGACAAUAGUAAGACUAAAAGAAAGUCUUUAAUCAGAGCAUGGAGAAGAUUAUCCCGACUUCAAAGAAGUGUAAUAUGUAUGAUGCUAAUACUGGGCAUGCUGUGUUCUGGUUAUAUUGUUCCUGCCAUUUAUUCUGAUUAUCACAUGAUGGACAACCAGUUAGACACUGUGGGUACUCGUAAUAGAUUAAAUCUACACGAUACAGAUCGCUUAAAUACAAAAGAUCAGUUAGAAUUUGAAAAAAAUAAAUUAGAGAAAAUUGAAGGAUUGAAGAAAAAAGCUCGGGAACAACUUCAGGGUAUCAUGGCGAAAGUUAACGCAGGCCAUAAAAAGGCUGUACCAUUUGGUAAAGAUGAACUUAUGGUACCACCUGUUGGUAAAGAUAGACUUAUGGUGCCACCUGUUGGUAAAGAUAAUGUAUUAGUUUUACAACCUCCUAUUAAUGAUGAUGAUAUACACGGAAGGGCAAACGAACAGAUUGCUGCACCAGAUGGUGGGGAGGAUGAGGAUGGCAAAAAACCUUCUAUUUCUAAUUAUGAUUAUUUUAAAGAAAGAAAAGAAAAUUCUCAACAAAAGGCUGUGGUAUCAGCUUUUAAAGAUGCGUGGAAAGCGUACAAGACGUAUGCAUGGGGUCAUGAUGAAUUAAAACCUGUUAGUAAAACUCACAGUACUUGGUUUGAUGUUGGAUUAACGAUAUUAGAUUCUCUUGAUACACUUGUGGUACUGGGAUUAAAAAAAGAGUUUGAAGAGGCUAAAGAAUGGGUACAGAAAGAAUUAACAUUUGAUAAAGAUAGAUCGGUUAAUCUGUUCGAGAUUACCAUCAGAGCACUCGGUGGGUUACUCAGUGCUUUCCAUUUAACAGGAGAAUCUGUUUUUAAAGAAAAAGCUAAAGAUUUAGGGGAUCGAUUGAUGCCUUGUUUUAAUACUGAAUCAAAAGUUCCAUACUCAGACGUCAAUUUACGAACUGGAAAAGCCCGUUCUCCAAAUUGGGGUCCAGAUAGCAGUACAUCAGAAGUGUCGACUCUAUUAUUAGAAUUCUGUGACCUUACCCACAUAACUGGUGACCCCAAAUAUGAGGAUGUAGCCACUAAAGUUUCUCAACAUCUUCACGCAUUACCAAAACCCAAUGGCUUGGUACCUAUCUUUAUCAACGCACAGACGGGUAAUUUUCGUCCAUCAGCUACUAUCACUUUAGGAGCUAGAGGAGACAGUUAUUAUGAAUAUCUUCUUAAACAAUGGAUACAGACUGGUAAAAAACUUGAUACAUCUAAAGAUGAUUAUGUUCAAGCUAUGGAAGGGGUAAAAGAAAAAUUAAUCAGAAAAUCUGAACCUAAUAAAUUAACAUUUGUAGGUGAAUUAUUGAGUGGAAGAACAUUUAGUCCUAAAAUGGAUCAUCUGGUAUGUUUUUUACCUGGUACUCUAGCUUUAGGACAUCAUAAUGGUUUACCUGACGAUCAUAUGGAGCUAGCUAAAGAAUUGAUGAAUACUUGUUAUGAAAUGUAUAGAAGAAUGGCAACUAAACUGAGUCCAGAAAUAACAUAUUUUAACAUGGCUCCAGGUGCACCUGAAGAUCUCAUUGUUAAGCCAUUGGAUGCUCAUAAUUUACUACGUCCCGAGACUGUGGAAAGUUUGUUAUAUUUAUAUCGCUUCACAGGAGACAAAAAAUACAGAGAUUGGGGAUGGCAGAUCUUUCAAGCUUUUGAAAAAUAUACUAAAGUGCCAGGAAUGGGGUAUUCCUCGAUAAACAACGUUAAAUCUCUUAAACCCAGUUUUAAAGACAAGUUAGAGAGUUUCUUUUUAGCAGAAACAUUAAAAUAUUUAUAUUUAUUAUUUAGCGAUGAUCCAAAUUUAUUGCCUUUAGAUAAAUUUGUAUUUAAUACGGAAGCCCACCCAUUGCCUAUCUAUAACUCGUAGUGAUAACAAAAAUUUUAAUUUCAUUUUUACGUGAAUCUUUUUAGACGUUCGAAAAAUUUGUGACAAGCUUUAACUAAAUUUGCCAUUACAGUAAAACCUGUCUUAUUCUUACUGUUUUUGGGACCAAAGAAAUCAUUAUGGAGAAGAAUAUGUAGUAAAAAUCAGACUUUUUGGAUGGUGUAAGUUGGGUUUUCUUGUUAAGUUUGUGACCUGAAUAUUUAUCACAAUUGGAAUGACACCUUGUAGUGAAACAAAAAAUACGGAAAAGGGAAGAAAAAAAUAAGGGACAAAUCGUCUAUUAUAACUCACAAUACAAGUCUCUUAGUCCAUAGCAGAUAGUUGUAUUUCUCAGUACAAGUCAGGCUUUACUGUACAGAGUUUAAAGUGGUCGUAUUAAGAUCGAUAAAAACAGAUUUGUUUUUGUAUCCAAGGUUAUUACAAUCACCUAUUUGUUUCAAAUCCACGUAUCGAUAAGGCUAAAUUUGUAUACAACGGUACACUUGAUUUAGUCAUAGAUGCAAUAAUUUGAAAUACUCAUGCUCAAACUCGACCCUUCCUCAUGCUAUUUGUUGACAAACAUGUUCAUCUCAGUUGCUAUGGUUAACAUAAUUACCAAUAAAAUAGGACUGUGUGAUUUCUAAAUUGUAAUUUUGUUUAUGUAUAACAAGAUAUACUAUCUUGACAGUUGACUAUUCAAAUCUUAGUAAAACAUAAUUAUUCACUCUGAAUAGACAAUCACGUUUGUUGUACUGUCAAUCGGAAAGUUAUUUAGUGAUGUCUAGAUGUGAAUUACCUUUAAAUCAAAUUUUCUUGCACUGAUGAUUAUUGUGUGAAAAAUAUACUGAUGUUGUGAUAGUCACCGUGCAAAAAAUAUUUGAGGUGACAAAAUCAACAAACGUAAUAUUAUAUUAAUGGUGUUUCAUCGAUUACAAUGAUGUUUAAAGCUACAAUUUCAUAUUUUUAAGUUAUAUUUUGUAAAAUUUAUUAAAAUAAAGCCUUAAAAUAGGUGGUAUCUAUUAACGGUCCUACUUUGUUAAAGAAUAAUCCUAUUAAUCCUAUAAUUCACUAUUGCCAGCUGAGAAAUUGGCAAAAAUAUCAUUUUCAGCUUCAAAUUCAAACGUUUGAAGAUAGAUAUUCCAUGGAGGUAAUAGGAAAACAAGGAAGGUAAUUGUGUUAUUAUUUCCUGUGUCAAUAAUUUUUAAGGGUGGGAAAUAAUAAUGCCCAUGAUCGUAUAAUAGUGAGUUGAUAACCUAUUGGGCAAAAGACAUAGAAAUAAUUAUGUUUUGACUUUCUUAGAAAAUAUGAAAUUCUCGUUUUAAAGGAAUGUUAUUAUUGUUAUUUACUGUAAUAUGUAUUUAAGAGUUAAACCACUAGCUCAAUAUGUUAUAUAAAUUACCACAUUUACAGCAUUAUUUAAUCUUUUCAUGAGUUCAGGGGCGGAUCCAGAGGGAGGGGUUUUGGGGGGGGUUCAAACCCCACCCUUCUCAGCUACAUAAAAAAAAUUAUGUUCUUACAGAAGGUGGGAAGGAAUGGGCAUUCAAAUCAUGAAAUAAUGAUAUAGACAUGUAUGAUUUCACAAUUAAUGCUUUGCAUCAUUGAAAUUGAAUCACAAUAUGAUUGUAUGAAUUCAUAAUAAAAAUUGACGUCACACAAGGUGUUGUAUGUGUAUGUACGCCUAUGUAAUUUAGAGACGAUGAUGGCAUCAUGCAUUGUCAACUGUCAAACCCCCUCCUGCGAAAAAUUCCUGGAUCCGCCGCUGGAGUUAAGCUUUAUAUUUUAUCUGUUUCAUGAGUUCACUUCAACAUGUUUGAAACCACUGUUUAAAGGAUGUUUAUACCACUGUUUAAAGGAUGUUUGUGCCACUGUUUAAAUUAUUAAUGAGUUAAAUCACUAGCUUAAAGAUACAUUCCCGCGUACAAACUGGGUGAUUUGACGAUAUAUUUGGACUAAAAACAUAUUCAAACUAAUUCAUUUAUCAUAAUGUUGCUUCAAAUCCUUCUCAAAACAUUGCAAUUGUCUGGUAUACUCUGGCUAUAAAAAAUCAAUCAAAAGAGGUCAUGUUUGUGUCACAUGACUUACCUCUCUCGGUACCUAGCAAGGGUGCGAUGUCGGAGGAGAAUUUAUUGCAUACUCAAGACUAUGUUGUCUUUAAUCCCUGACUAUUUAUUACAAAUAUCGAAGCCUAAUUAAAUUCGCGGAUUAUCCACUGCCUGCGUCUUUUCCAACAUUUUUAUCUCAGAAAGUGUUGUACGUCUAACUCUUCAUAAAGUUUAUCAAAAUGUACAUCAAGCGCUCAAUCUCCGCGCAUUAUUUGACGUCACGCGUGCACACACUCCUAAUCGUCAGGCCGUUGAUUAGGGAAAACCAUACUUUUUUGUCCUGUAUACGCUCCAUGAGUGUUUUUCAGGCAAUCCAGUAUUUUUCUAGUAAGAUUGGAUAUCUCUACUUUCCAUAUAUACCAAAAUUGCCAUACUUUUAUACCAAAAUUGCCAUACUUUUAUUGGAAAUAACCACCCGAUAAAUACUUUUCUGGGAAUGUAUCUUUAAAGUGUUAUACAUAUAUUUACCAUUCUUCAUGUUUUAUCUGUUCUGUAAGAUCAUUUCAACAUAUUUCAAACCACCAUUAUUUAUUUUUAUGUCAUGUAAAUAUGGGUGAAUUAUGUACAAUUUCAUGUGACUGUUUAUCCAUCGAUGUGGGAUUGGCCCAGUUUAUAAAUUUUUAUGAGCACAUAAUUUGGUGGAAGCCGUCAGAAUAAUUAAUUUAUUGUUAGGUUAUUAGGGAAUCUGAGCCUAUCAUUCUGAUUAAAACACAGAUCGUUUUUUAUAGUUUAAAAUUUCAUUUUACUUGUCUUUACUACACUAGGAUCUGGAAGAGUUGUUGUAUAACCCGUAUUCUGGAUGAUGUGAGGGAUUAGCCAAUGAAAUGGUCUGUUACGGCUAGUUUUGGCGUGAGAUGUACGGAACUGUGGGUAACCCACUAGAAACAUCAACGCUGAUUGGUUAAUCAAACAUCUGACGUCAUAGGGUCAAAAGCCACUCAUAAUUAUGAAAUGAAAUGAAAUGAAAUGGGGUUUAACGUCCUACUGUUCUGCUCCUAUACUGGGCUAAUGAAGACGGGCAUAUGCCAUACAGUGUGCUAUGAGGGAAAUUUGGCCCGGGCAGCGGCACUAUCGCCUACUCUUAUAUCGAAUUCCAACUGCCAAGGGAUCUUUUACGUGCAUUCUAAUGUAUACACGGGACCUCGGUUUUUCGUCUCAUCCGAAGGACUAGACAGCUGUCCUUGUCAGGCCCUCCAUUCUGCACCACUGACAAGGGGAAACCACGUCGGAAAAUCAGGAUGAACUUUCUCGGGCAAUGCAGGGAUCGAACACCCGACCUCCAGGCUAGCGAGCCAGUGUCUUAACCACCCAGCCACCGUGGCUCCCCUCAUAAUUAUGACCCCAGAUGCAACCUUCCACUACAACUUGACAAAUCUUCAUAUAGUAGAGGCCAUCGAAAGUAUAAAAAAAUGAAAUGAAAUAUAGAUCUGUAUGUUAAUAAGACUGGUGGUCUAUAUGAUUUAAUAUUCGUGGUCAUUCUUCAUUGAGAAGUCUUGGCCGAGAAAGUUCAUCCAGAUUUUCCGGCGUGGUUCUCCCUUGUCAGUGAUGCAGGACGGAGGAGCUGACAAGGAAAGCUGUCUAGUCGUUCGGAUGGGACGAAAAACCGAGGUCCCGUGUACACAUUGGCGUGCACGUAAAAGAUCCCUUGACAGUUGGAAUUCGAUAUAAGAGUAGGCCGUAGUGCAGCUGUCCGGGCAAAAUUUCCCUCAUAGCACACUGUAUGGCGUAUGCCCGUCUUCAUUAGCCCAGGUUAGGAGCAGAACAGUAGGACGUUAAACUCCAUUUCAUUUCAUUUCAUUUCAUUUCAUUUCAUUUCAUUUCAUUGAGAAGUCAAACUUAUGACCCAAUUAAGCCUGAGGGAACACAUCUUUAAAUAAAAAAUUGAUUUUUUUUAAAAGUAGAAAAAAUUAAAUCAGACAAGGUCAACAAUUUAUUUUUUUCUCUACAAAAAAAAGUCAAAUUUCUUUUAUUGCUUUUUACUUGUUAAUGGAAGAGUCAGAUUGGUUUAAAAGACAGGAAUGUUUGUUACUGGACUUAAACUUCAAGAUGUCCAGCUGAUAGUUGUGUAUUCAUUUAUUCUUGUACUUCAUCAAUUGAGGUGGGUUUUUAUUUUUUGGGGGCAAUUAAGUUUGACAUUUUGGAUUGUCUGUGUUCAUUCAUAUAAUAUACAUGUACUGUUGUGUGUUUCUGGGUAGUUCUAUGUUACACUAUCUAGAAUCAGGACUUGGAUCAAUCUUCUAGGCUAAAAUACAUAUUUCUGUCAAAUAGUUGUUUGGUCGAAACUUGCUUGACUUGCAUCUGAUCACUAUUUACACAGAAUAUGGCUUGGGUUAGAAUAUUUGGCCUUCUUUUAGCCUCCUGGUAGUUUUUCUAACACUAGUCUAACAUGUAUCUAGUCAAAGAGAACCAUUCCAACUAAUCCAUUAUGUGAAAAUAGUUUUUGUAUCACAACAAAAUUGUGAACUGUUCCCACAAAACCAGACUCUUGGUCAUUUUUAUAAAAAUAGAGCUGGCAGCAUAUUUGAAUAGUCCACAGCCAUGAGUUUGGAUCAUUCACAGCAACAGAAGGUCAUACAUUUUAUGCUCUUGUGCCCAUAGUAUAAAAUGAAGUUGUGCAACAAGUGUCUGGUUUCGUGGGAGAGGGUCACACAAUUGAUCAAACCACAAGUUUCAAUAUUCUUUUAUAAGUGUAUUUUUUAGUUUUAAUAAUUUUUUUAUAUAGAAUAUGAAUAAAUGCAUGGAUAUUGUCUGGGGUAAAUAAUGUUUUAAACUUAUUCAUUGAUGUUCUUUGGUGGAAAGUUUGGAAUGACACUGUCUUAUUGACUAGUUAGAUACAGAUUUAGAACGUGGAAUAAACAGAACCUGCCCAGCAUUACUCAUAUUACAUACAGUGGUUGGGUUAGAGUUAGCCUUAUAAUAUUAUAUGGUCCCAAAAUUACUCCAGUUCUUUUUCAUAUAAAUUAUAUAUUAUGUAUCUAAUAUGCUUAAGGGGAGAUAAUUCACUGUGUGUGGUCUAUGACAUUCUGCAUACUUCAAGGGCUAAAUUUGUUUUUUAAGGUCAGCUCAAUUUUUGUCAAGAUUGCUGAGAUGUAAAUACGGUCAGGGCAUGUGAUUUUUGGUGAGAUUGUAGGUUAGGUUUUAAGUUUUAGGGUAAGGAUUAGGGUUA